AAUCACAUACCAAUAAUUGAUUUUUUUUUUCCAAUAUUGUGCAGCCCUAGUAUAUUAUAGCAAAUAUUUUAUUUAUCAUGUCAUCCAGAUCUGAUUCUUCCUACCAGAUUGCAUUUAUCAUGAGUGACACAGAGCAUUUUUUUAAUGAAUUUUUUUUUUAACUUUGUUCAUUGAUGUUUUCUGAGUUUGUAACUUUUUCAUCCAGCAUCUCAGUCCUCUUGUAUGUCAGUCAUUCCUUAUCUUGCAGUGAUCCUACAUUUCACUUAUUGCAUGGCUUCCUGAUGUAUGCAAUACAUGCAACUUCCAAGAAUGUGCUGCUGUGCUUUGAGGGCUUUCUGCUCUCACCCAGGUCCACUGAGUGUCACUCAGCAUGUCUGUGUGCCACUGUGACCAGGGGACAGGACAAGCUAUCCUCUGUUUUGCUUAAGCUUUGGGAUUUCUGGAUUAACGUCGGCAUUUAAUCUUGUUAGUUCCUGGUGGUGGGGUGGGGGGGUAGGUUGUCACAGGAUUAUGAUCAUGUUGGAUGCACUGUGUGGAUUUUCCUGCAUGGGUCAUUGGCUCCUGGGGUUGUAGGGGUGUAUCUUGGGUCCCAGGGCACAGUGACAGACUGCAGGGGAUCCCAUACGGGUCACAGGGCACCGGGGGUGUAUUCCAGAUCCCAGGGCUCAGACACAGGCUGCAGGGGAUCCCAUAUGGGUCACUGGGCACUGGAGGUGUAUUCCAGGUCCCAGGGCAUGGAGUCACACUGCAGGGGAUUCCAUACGGGUCACAGGACUCAGCACAAACGCACACACAGCUGAAGUAUGUGCUGCAAAUUUCAUGCUGAUUCGUUAGUUCCUGCAUAUUGGGUAAAGUGUGUGGUGAGAAAAAAUAUGACAAAAAUAUGAGCAGGACAGAAUCUUACGGGAGCAGGUGGGAGCGGUAGAGAGUCUUGCUGGAGCAAUUGGAAGCAGGGCAGAAUCUUAUGGGAGUGUAACAGAAUCUUGCAGGAGCAGGCGGGAGCGGGAUGGAAUCUUGCGAGUUGGAGUAGGACAGAAUUUUGGAGAAGUGGGCGGGAACGGGAUUUAAAGUUCCCUCCUGCCCAGUCCUCUAUUUCAGUGAUGUUGAUGCUGGUACUGGUGUCUCACUGUUUUCAUUUUGUCCUUCUGAGGCUGAGGAGCAAUGCGAUUGGCCAAUUUGAAGGUCCUCCCCAGGGUUCGCCGGGCAGCAGGGCCAGAACCCGAGUGGGAGGAACCUGAGUGGAAGCCGCAGCACGAGCAUGAAGCAGCCCCGGGCCCCGCCGCCCAUCCACACCAUCCAAGCCACAACUUUGACCACAUGAAGAACAAGUUCAUGAACGAACAGGGCAAGCUGCCGAACCACAGUCAUAAGAUGCCCGCUUGGGCCGUCGGUGCCAUGGUCAUGCUGUUUCUUGCCCUGGUGGGGUGCUGCGCAUUCUGCAUUGUCAAGAAAUGUAUCGGCAAGAAGAAGAGAGCCAAAAAAGCACGAGAGAGGAAAACAGGACAGCGUCGAAGGAAAGGUGCAGAGGGUGAAGGAGAGGAAGCGAAGGAGGAAGUGGAGAAGGAAGGGAAGGAAGAGAAGGAGCGUGAGAACCUGGGCAAGCUGGAGUUUACCCUAGAUUAUAAUUUUACUGAUAAUCAGCUGAUUGUGGGCAUCCUGCAAGCUCAGGAUUUGGCUGCGAUGGACAUGGGCGGCACCUCAGACCCCUAUGUCAAAGUCUACAUGCUUCCUGACAAGAAAAAGAAGUUUGAAACUAAGGUCCAGCGCAAGAACCUGAGCCCAGUCUUUAACGAAACCUUCACCUUUAAGAUCCCCUAUGCGGAGCUGGGCGGGAAGACGUUGGUACUGCAGGUCUACGACUUUGACCGUUUCUCGAAGCAUGAUGUAAUCGGCGAGGUCAAGAUCCCCAUGAACACAGUGGACCUGGGGCGCCCCAUGCAUGAAUGGAGGGAUUUAGAAAAUGGAGAGAAAGAGGAGCAAGAGAAGCUCGGUGAUAUCUGCAUCUCCCUACGUUACGUUCCCACUGCCGGCAAACUCACCGUCUGUGUGAUGGAGGCCAAAAACCUCAAAAAGAUGGACGUUGGUGGUUUGUCAGACCCCUUUGUCAAGAUUGUACUACAACAUAACGGGAAGAGGCUGAAGAAGAAGAAGACGACAGUGAAGAAGAACACCCUCAAUCCCUACUUCAAUGAGAGCUUCAGCUUUGAAAUUCCUUUUGAGCAGAUACAGAAAGUGCAGGUUGUAAUAACGGUGUAUGACUACGACAAACUGGGAAGCAAUGACGCCAUUGGCAAGACCUUCAUUGGCUACGGUGCUACGGGGGCGGGGCUCCGUCAAUGGUCAGAGAUGUUGGCCAAUCCCCGACGCCCGGUGGCUCAGUGGCACACUCUGAUGCCAGAGGAGGAGGUAGACGCAGCGCUGAAGGGGCCUCAUCGCUGACAUGUUACCGUGAAAGCAUACGGUAGCUCCAUCGCUAACGUGCCCACAGCUUAAAUGGUAAUCCUAACCUACGGUAACCAUCACUCUUUAAAAAACAAGUUGCUAGUCCAUACAGUAUGUAACUUGACUCAUACACUAGUUUUUUUUAUUGUUGCUUGUAAGGGUAGUAGUUUGAAGCCUUUGGUCAUAUUUGAAGUGUUUUGUA